AUGCCAGUUAAACUUGAACGAAAACAUGCACUUCCAUUAACAUUAGCUCCUAUAAUGAUUGCACUUGGUUUUGUUUUAUUUAAAUUAUAUACAGCAAGUAAAGUAACAAAUCCUGAAACAGGUCGAGUCGCUCGUGUUGGGAUUGAUCCUGAACAAGAACAAAGAUUAGGUUUAGAAGCUUAUGCACAAGUUAAAAGAGAUGAAGCCGCUAAAAUUGUUCAAAGUGGACCAGAUGUUGAAUUAGUUAAACGAGUUACAAAUAGACUUGCCAGAGCAGCUGCAGAAAAAGCAACUGUGCAAUACAAUUGGGAAGUUAGUGUUAUUCAAUCUAAUGAAAAGAAUGCUUUUUGUUUACCUGGUGGAAAGAUUGUUGUUUAUACUGGCAUUAUCCCAAUAGCAAAAAAUGAAGCGGGUUUAGCGACAGUACUUGGUCAUGAAAUGGCACAUGCUACUUCAAGGCAUGGUGCUGAGAGACUUUUUCGUUCAGAAUUAACAAAAACUAUAUUAGGUGGAUUUCAGGGAGGUCUUGCCCAAAUGGAUCCAGCACAACGACAGACAAUAAUGGGAGCAUUAGGUGCUGGUGCAAAAUAUGGAGCAACAUUACCAUUUUCUCGUACACAGGAAUCAGAAGCAGAUCAUAUUGGUUUAAUAUAUAUGGCACGUGCUGGUUAUGAUCCAAAAGAAGCUGUUGCUUUUUGGCAAAGAAUGGAUGAACAAGUUGGAAAAGGUGGUUCACCACCACAAUUUAUGUCUGAUCAUCCAUCACAUAAUACACGGAUUGGUCAUCUUCAAACAUGGAUGCCAGAAGCUGAAAAAGAAUUUGCUUCACAUCAUCAACAUAAUGCACCAGGUGCAUAA